AUGAAUGUUCAGUUAUCCCCAACCCUAAUACUAUAAAUGGUAAACAGUGGCCAGAAGGGUGGCAAAAAUGUACUUGGCUAAUUUCUUGGCACAUGUCAUGGAUGCCAUACCUCCAGGCAGAAACAGGAGCCCUCAGCGACCAUGAGUAUCCCAGCUGAGAGAAGCAGACUUUGCCGAUCGUAGAAAAAAAUGUCAAAGGCCACAUAGCACCACUGAGAAGGCUUUCAUCUAUUUUAUGGAUUUAAGAUGAAUGAGUCCCAGAUCUAUUUAUACCACCUAGAUACCACAUGUGUCAUUUUGACUGCACAUUCAUAUCUAUUUAUGAUGGGACAUGCCACAAGUUACAGUUGCACUUAACCAUUCUCACUGUCUAGGAUAUGUUUCUUUGAAAUGUAAUAGGCUAUACUGUAGAAUUUCAGAAUUGGUUUUGAUAAGACAAGUCAACAAGAACAAACCUACUUUAUUAUUACUAUAGAUUAUGAACAUAAUGUUUUUGGAACUUUGCAAGUCAAUUGAGGGACAAUAUUUGUUCCGCUUAGGGGAGCCAACUUCUUGCGGAGGGCCUGAAGAUUACAUUGACAUUUAUCUUGCAGGUUGAAAAGUUGAGAUGGGCACUGGUACAGUAUGUUACCAUUUCACUGUGAAACAGAUAUUGAAAACACCUGUCAUAAGUUUGAAGUGACGUUUUAACUUUCAUUGAGAGGUGUUAACGCUUAUUUAUUUUCUACACAAACUAGCUUGGUAGUAAAAUAAACCCAUUGAGAGAAAAAAAGGUUGAUGCACUGCGACAGCUAAGCGUUGGAUAGAGUUUCACAUUCUAUAUAUAAGCCUGGUGACUUGUGUCACUGGGCUAUUUAAAUGCCAUGCAGUGUCCCACUGUCAAAACUUAGGCCGUGCGAGGAUACAACAGUAUGGUGGAACUUUUUGAGACCAACACUUAUUUCUUCAACGAUCUGCGCUAUCUCGAGGGAGAUCAUGGACCAUUGCAGCACUUGGACAUGGCGGGGGUGUCCCCUUUGUACCACGGGAAUGACAGCCCGUUGUCACCUGGGGGGGAUCCGUCCGAGACUGGAUGUGACAGCAGUGGAGAGGAGCAUGUCCUCGCACCCCCUGGUCUUCAGCCGCACUGCGAGGGACAGUGCCUCAUCUGGGCUUGUAAGGUUUGUAAAAGAAAGUCUGCACCAACCGACAGGCGCAAAGCGGCCACUCUCAGGGAAAGAAGGCGGCUCAAGAAGAUCAAUGAGGCAUUCGAUGCGUUGAAGAAAAAGACCGUGUCCAAUCCGAACCAGCGGCUGCCCAAAGUGGAGAUUUUACGCAGCGCCAUAAACUACAUCGAGCAAUUGCAGGACCUGCUGCAUACACUGGAUGAGCAAGAAAAAACGCCCCAAAACGGCUCAUAUAACUAUAACGUGAAAGAACACCAUGCGUCCAAUAAGGAGUACCAUUGGAAGAAGAACUGUCAAAACUGGCAGACCUCAGCUGAUCAUUCCAAUGCACCAAUGACGAAUCAGAGAGAAGGCUUUACGGAGUCUUCAGCGUCCACCAGCCUUCUUCGCCUGUCAUCAAUCGUUGACAGUAUAUCAAGUGAAGAGAAACCGACUUGCAACGAAGAAAUCUCAGAAAAAUAAUGCUUGAUUUAUUGGAUUUUUUUGUAGCCUGUAUAAGCGACGUCAGCAUUUCAUAUUUCCAUUGUCUAUUUCGAAAUUAUUUUCACUUCUUUAUUCAUAUGUUUUAGUUUCCAUUUACUUAUAUUCAUUUGUACAAAUUAACGGGCAUUUUGUAGUCACUGUUUUCUUUUAAAUUGUAUGAAUGGUCAAUAUUAUAUUUCUAAAGUAUGACAACAAUGGAACUAUAAUAUUUUAUUUCCAAAUGGACAUUUGAUAAUUGUAAAUAUUUUAUAAUAUAUUAACAAGUUAAUUUAUUUUACAUAUAAAAGGCUGUGUUUCUCAACCUCAAGAGAUUCAUUGUUGUAUUUGAGUAUUUCUAUAUGAACUGACCAACAAAUAAAUUGUAAGCAUUGUAUC